AUGAGCGCCCCUCCGGUGAUCCGGCCGCCCAGCCCUUUGCAGCCGGCGGCGGGGGCUGCUCCCGGCGGCGGCAUCUCCUUUCACCUCCAGAUCGGGCUGAGCCGGGAGCCGGUGCUGCUGCUGCAGGACUCGUCGGGGGAAUUCAGCUUGGCGCACGUCCGGGAAAUGGCUUGCUCCAUCGUGGACCAAAAGUUUCCUGAAUGUGGUUUCUAUGGAAUGUAUGAUAAAAUUCUACUUUUUCGCCAUGAUCCUACCUCUGAAAACAUUCUCCAGCUGGUGAAGUCAGCUACUGAUAUCCAAGAAGGAGACCUAAUUGAGGUUGUCUUGUCAGCUUCUGCCACAUUUGAAGACUUUCAGAUCCGUCCCCAUGCUCUGUUUGUUCAUUCAUACCGAGCACCAGCCUUCUGUGACCACUGUGGAGAAAUGCUGUGGGGUCUUGUGCGUCAGGGACUUAAGUGUGAAGGAUGUGGUCUAAACUACCAUAAGAGGUGUGCAUUUAAAAUCCCUAACAACUGCAGUGGUGUACGUAAAAGACGACUCUCAAAUGUUUCCUUAACGGGACUCAACACUAUUCGGACAGUAUCUGCAGAACUCUCACCUACCACCCCAGAUGAGGCCCUUCUGUCUCCUUUCAGCCCUGGCUAUGAGCAAAAGACACCAUCUGAAUCAUUCAUUGGGCGAGAGAAGAGGUCAAAUUCGCAGUCCUACAUUGGACGACCUAUUCAACUAGACAAGAUUUUACUUUCCAAGGUUAAAGUGCCUCACACUUUUGUCAUCCACUCCUACACACGCCCAACAGUGUGCCAGUACUGUAAGAAGCUUCUCAAAGGGCUUUUUAGACAGGGCUUGCAGUGUAAAGAUUGUAGGUUCAAUUGUCACAAGCGCUGUGCACCUAAAGUGCCAAAUAACUGCCUUGGUGAAGUAGCCAUUAACGGAGAUUUGCUUAGUCCUGGUGCUGAGUCAGAUGUGGUCAUGGAAGAGGGAAGUGAUGACAAUGACAGUGAAAGAAAUAGUGGUCUUAUGGAUGACAUGGACGAGUCUAUGGCUCAUGAUUCUGAGAUGUCAAUGACAGGAUGCCACAGUGACAAUGGGGAAAUGCAAGAUCCCGAUCCUGACCAUGAUGAUUCUAACAGAAUGAUCAGCCCUUCAACAAGCAACAAUAUUCCACUAAUGAGAGUGGUGCAAUCUGUCAAGCACACAAAAAGGAAAAGUAGCACAGUAAUGAAGGAGGGAUGGAUGGUUCACUAUACCAGCAAGGACACAAUGAGGAAAAGACACUACUGGAGGCUAGACAGCAAAUGCAUUACACUCUUUCAAAAUGAUACUGGAAGCAAAUAUUACAAGGAAAUUCCAUUAUCUGAAAUUUUGUCCCUGGAACCUGCAAAAAAUUUUUCUUUACUGUCGCAAGAAGCCAAUCCCCAUUGCUUUGAAAUAACCACAGCAAAUAUAAUUUAUUAUGUUGGAGAAAACCUAGAAAACCUCUCAAGUGUACCACUGAAUAAUAGUGUUCUCACCAGUGGCAUUGGUCUGGAUGUUGCAAGAAUGUGGGAGAUGGCAAUUCAGCAUGCUCUGAUGCCUGUCAUUCCUAAAGGGGCUUCGGUUGGAUCAGGACCCAGCCUGCACAGGGAUAUAUCCAUCAGUAUUUCGGUAUCAAACUGCCAGAUUCAAGAAAAUGUGGAUAUUAGUACAGUAUACCAAAUCUUCCCAGAUGAAGUGUUGGGAUCGGGACAAUUUGGAAUUGUUUAUGGAGGAAAACAUCGCAAAACAGGAAGAGAUGUUGCAAUUAAAAUCAUCGACAAACUAAGAUUUCCAACUAAACAAGAAAGCCAACUUCGUAAUGAGGUUGCAAUUUUACAGAACCUUCAUCAUCCUGGUGUAGUAAAUCUGGAGUGUAUGUUUGAGACACCGGAAAGAGUGUUCGUUGUUAUGGAAAAGCUCCAUGGAGACAUGUUGGAGAUGAUCUUGUCAAGUGAAAAAGGCAGAUUGCCAGAACGAAUAACAAAGUUUUUAAUUACCCAGAUCCUUGUUGCCUUGAGGCAUCUUCACUUUAAAAAUAUUGUUCAUUGUGAUCUCAAGCCAGAAAAUGUACUGCUAGCAUCAGCCGAUCCUUUCCCACAGGUAAAACUUUGUGACUUUGGCUUUGCCCGAAUCAUUGGAGAGAAGUCAUUCAGGCGCUCAGUAGUUGGCACACCAGCUUACCUAGCUCCAGAAGUUCUGAGAAACAAAGGCUAUAAUAGGUCUUUGGAUAUGUGGUCUGUGGGUGUCAUUAUUUAUGUGAGCCUUAGUGGUACAUUUCCAUUCAAUGAAGAUGAAGACAUUCAUGACCAAAUCCAGAAUGCUGCUUUCAUGUACCCACCAAAUCCCUGGAAGGAAAUCUCUCAUGAAGCGAUUGAUCUCAUAAAUAAUUUGCUGCAAGUGAAAAUGAGGAAGCGUUACAGUGUGGACAAGACGCUAAGCCACCCAUGGUUACAGGACUAUCAAACCUGGUUAGAUUUAAGAGAGCUUGAAUGUAAAAUCGGAGAACGCUACAUCACCCAUGAAAGCGAUGACUCACGAUGGGAACAGUAUGCAGGAGAGCAUGAUUUGCAGUAUCCAGUACAUCUUAUCAAUCCAAGUGCUAACCACAAUGAAAAUACUGAGCCAGAGGAAGCAGAGAUGAAAGCCCUCAGUGAGCGUGUCAGCAUCCUUUAA